AGAAUAAAAGAAAGUGGUAUUAUAUGUUCGAACUCGGAGUCUACGAGGGCGUUGGGUAGAUGCGAAGCAGAUGGUUAAGCUAAGCAGCAGAACUGCGCCGUCUACCGCCGAUCGGUUUUUUCACCGCCGGUUGUAGUUUUUCAUUUCUCAAGUUCAGUUACUUCUUUCUUCAUUGAUUUUUCUGUUCUCUUGCCUUCCGUAAUCUUCAGUAUAGUCUGAAACUUGGUUUUUGAGCAUGAAUCGGAUUUCCAAACGCUUGCUUCGAGUUCGAAAUCAUUUUCCUUCAUCAUUCCGCAGCAUCAAUGGCCGUUUAUCGUCUGUAAGUUCUUCGAUUCUACCAGCUCUAUAUUACCCUCCCAAGUUCUCGCUCUUGAUUCCUGCCCUUUCGGGUUCGAUUACGUUUUUGGUCCGUUUUAAUUCAGAAUUUGUUCGAUCAGGAUCUUACUCUACUCUCAAUGAAGUUAAAGGGGAAGAAAUUUCAGAAAGAGAUGCGGAUAAGUUACACAAAGCUAUCGUGGAUAAUUCUUACGCACAUCAUGAUAUGGAGGAUGCCCUUGAUCAGGUAGGUGUCCAUUUGAGUACUGAUUUAGUUGCAGAGAUUCUCUAUAGGCUUCGCUUUGAUGAGAAAUUAGCGUUUAGAUUCUUUACAUGGGCUGCGCGUCAAGAGAACUAUUCCCAUGAGCCUCUGGUUUAUAAUGAAAUGAUUGAUAUACUCUCUAGCACUAGGUACAAGGUCAAGCAGUUUCGAAUAGUUUGUGACCUCCUUGAUUAUAUGAAGAGAAAUGACAAGAAUACCGUUCCUGUUGAGGUUCUCUUUGGGAUUUUGAGGAACUAUACAGAGAAGCAUUUGACUCAUUUGCAAAAGUUUGCAAAGAAGAAGAAGAUAAGAGUGAAGACACAGCCAGAAAUCAAUGCCUUUAAUUUGUUACUGGACGCUUUGUGUAAAUGUAGUCUGGUUAAGGAUGCUGAAGCUCUGUUUAAGAAGGUGAAGAAGAAACUGAAGCCUGAUGCGAACACUUAUAAUAUAUUGUUUUUUGGUUGGUGUAGAGUUAGGAAACCAGGAAGAGGGAUGAGGGUAUUGGAAGAGAUGAUUGAGCUUGGCUACGAUCCUGAUAAUUUUACUUAUAACACAGCUAUUGCAUCCUUCUGCAAAGCGGGGAUGUUGACAGAAGCAUGUGAACUCUUUGAAUUCAUGAGAACAAAAGGUUCUACUUUGUCUUCACCCACGGCAAAGACUUAUGCAAUCAUGAUUGUGGCUCUUGCUAAUAAUGAUAGAAUGGAAGAAUGCUUCAAGUUUCUGGAAUACAUGAUAAAAAGUGGUUGUCUUCCCGACGUUUCUACGUACAAGGAACUGAUAGAAGGGAUGUGUAUGGCUGGAAAGGUCCAGGAAGCUUACAAGUUUUUGGAAGAGAUGGGAAAGAAAGGUUACCCACCUGAUAUAGUUACUUAUAAUUGUUUCCUCAAGGUUCUCUGUGAUAAUAAAAUGAGUGAUGAUGCACUCAAGCAUUGUGAUAGAAUGAUUGAAGUUGGUUGCUUACCCAGUGUACAGACUUACAACAUGUUGAUUUCUAUGUUUUUUGAGAUGAGUGAUCAUAAUGGAGCUUUCCAUAUUUGGCUUGAAAUGGAUAAAAAUGGUUGUGCUCGGGAUGUUGAUUCAUAUUGUAUAAUGAUUGAGGGGCUUUUUGAUUGCAACAAAGUUGGAGAUGCAUGUCUCCUUUUAGAGGAAGUGGUAAACAAGGGAAUGAAGCUCCCUUAUCGGAAGUUCGACUCAUUUUUGAUGCAGCUCUCUGUAAAUGGUAAUCUCCAAGCGAUCCAUCGGUUGUCUGAACACAUGAGAAAGUUUUACAACCCUGCCAUGGCCAGACGUUUUUCUCUGAAUCAAAAGCGGAUGAGCAUGAGUUUGAGAGGAAAGUAAUAAGACUUGGGUAGAUGUCGGAAUCCAAAUUGUUUCCCAUAUUGGAUGUGUUGUACUAUUGACGACUAGUCUUUAUGUAACAUUUGUUACAUAUUAGGCAUGUUAAUUUGAGAAGCAAGUUCAAUUGAGCAUUUCUGCACCAUGUACUCUAAAUACAAUGUAUAUAUGAAAGUUCUUGCCAUUUCAGUUAUAGGUUGAUAUGUCUUAAAUGAGUUUAGAAUCUAAUUCUCUUAUUAAUUAGUGCAGUUAGGUGGUAAAGCAUGCGCAAAAUACCUUGAGUAGAGAUCAUAAUUGGAGGGCAGAAUGAAAUUGACAUGUAAGCUACUGUGCCUUCCCCAAAAAGGCUUGGUCAAAGCAUAAAAACCAAAGAAAAUCUCGCCCUACCCCGCUCCUCGGCCUUCUUUAAGCCUUGUGACUCCCAUUCCAUCAAGUCAGGAAAGAAACACAGAAACUAACCUAGCCCUGUUUGAAGAAAUGACUUCCAAAAAAUCAGCAGCAGGAUAGGUCAUUCUGGAGAUACACAAGGAGCAAACAUUUUAAGAAACUGCAUCAGUUGGGGGACUUGUGACCUCUGUUAGAAACUGGACUCCAUCAGCCAUAUGCCACCUGAAAUGCCAAGAAGAAGCCAAAGGGGGUAAUUAGCUUCUUUCCAAGUUGAUACUCCUUGUAAAAGCGCUAGCUCGUUAGUCUAAAAGAGUUAUUUGGAUAUUUCUAAAAUAUAGGCGUAAUGUUAGGACUAUCAAUUUUUUAUUGGGUUAGAUCAUAAUUUUUUUGAAGGACUUCGACAAUAUGUAUUUUUAAGAAGAAAAAAGUGUAAAAUUUUCUAAAAGAGCGUUAAUGGAUUCAUUGAGGACAAUAAUCGAUGACUUUGUUUUCUUUGCUAA